AUGGAAAUACGACGAGUCACGAGGCUUACAAGGGAUAACGUCUCGGGCAGAGACUUCUCCUUUGAGAUAUCCGCCCAAGUGGCCAAGCCCUAUGAAUCCCUUGCCCUAGGUGCGGAAAUUGCGACCAAUCCUGUUGCUGUCGUCAAAAAAGAUUUCGGAUUUGAUGAGUCCGAGUUUGAGAAUAUCAAAGAACCAGACGGGGUUCUCUUCGCCGUAGUGGAGGAUGAAAGGGUUUACGGAUACGUACAUGCAGCAAAGUCCUGGAACAACAUGGUCGAGAUUCGGUGGAUCGUGCUGGAUGUGAGCAUUAGAGGACAAGGUUAUGGUAGAAUGCUGCUGGAUGAAGUGGUUAAGUGGGCUCGCCAGCUGGGGGUUGCUGGUAUUCGCCUGGAAUCUCAGUCAAACAACGUUGCCGCAUGCCACUUCUACAGACGAUACGGAUUCAAGUUUGGUGGAUAUGAUGAGUAUUUGUACAGAGGGAUUCCACAGAACCGGGAUGAAACGGCUUUCUUUUGGUAUUAUAUGUUUGAAUAG